CCAAACAUACUCUCCUCCUUCUCCUCCCAACUUCAACUCAACACACCGUCACAUCCCCUCCUCCCAUACACCACAAUAACAGAUAUCUUUAAGUACUCCUUAUUCUUCCUAACACUCUCUGUUCAUCCUAAGUCCUCAUUUUAAUCUCCUCUGGCAAAGGAAGAACGAUGUCGUCCAACACCGAAGAUCUUUGUAGCCAUUGCAAGAAGCUACACUCCCUCGCAAGCUGUCCAGUACUCGAAGAGCAACAGCAUCAAGCAUAUAGCCAAGCAGAAGCCGGUACCUCUGUAGCGAUUGCUCAAAUUGAAGUCAGAGAAGGAUCCGCCGACAUCUCAACAGCAAGCUCAGGACCAGCUCAUCCUAUAGUGGAAGGUUUGACCUACAACGGCGGAGCAUAUCUUUGUGCUGAUACCAACAAUGCCAUAUCUGACAACAACAACGACAGCCAACGAAAUGGCAGCGGCUCCUUAGCACCUCCAAACCCUUAUGCCAAUACAUACCCUACCACAGAAGUCUCAAGUAGCUUUUCGUCCGCUGUUGGCAACAGAUUCAGCUGGGCCGACCGUCGUUCGACUUCUGCUGGAACCGUGUCGAGUAGAGAGCCUAUAAACAGCAACACACAGCUGGGCAAUAACGACAACAACAGUGAUUUCAAUAAUCAGCAUGUUCUCCAGCUGGAUAGAAGCCCUCAUAGCCCGGUUAAGCUGGAGCUUCAACAGAGAGUUUCCUCAUUGCCUCCAGUUCUCGCUCCGGCAGGUAACCAUAACAACAUUGCCAUUAAUCUCCAGCAUCCCUCACAAUCCAAUGGAAGUGCCAACAACAGCAAUCAAGAGGAAUUCAACACGAAACCUACUUAUUCUUCUCCAGCUCCUGCUUCCAGAAUAACUGGCAAUUCUAGUAGAAACGAAUAUGGUCGUCUUGCGGAUGGCGAUGCUGCUUCACAAUACGGAGGCUCGUCUACAUCUGAAUACCAAGAGUACCCAUCACCAGUAAUAUCAAGAGCAUCUGGUAUGCUUCCUACACCUAUUAAAAAUUUCGUUGCCUCCAGCAAUCAUGGCCAGUACUUCAGACCUGCGAAUGUCGUCAAUGAUCAACGCAGUCUGCCUGGACCCUAUCGCUCCACCGGCUACGCCAAUGAUCCUGCAAAAGACUCUUCGGCUAGUAGCUAUGGACAACCAUUAAAUGGAUCGAAUCCGAAUUUGUCUAGCCCGGCUGGCCAACGAGGAAACUAUUUUGAUCAAAAUGGAAACUUGGCUAUUAAUGAUGAUAUCUUCCAUGCCAGCUACCGACAAAACUACCCUCAGGCGCCAGCUUCACCAAUCCAGCAAUCGUUCAAUUUGAGACCAAUGCCAAAUGUGCCACACAUGCAGGACUAUGUGCACACCCCAACUUUUGCAGUCGAGUGCCUGAAGAAUUACGCGAAUGAUCUUCAAUCUUGGGCUUUCGAACUCACCCUCCACACUACUCGCCUCGAAAAGGUUCUGGAUCUCCCGGGUCAGCUUGUUUGGAGCCGAGACUCAUCCUUCGGAGCCAAGUUGAUCCUUCAGCGUACUCCAGCCAACCUCGAACAGUUCAACGCCGCUAUUGCUGCUGGGAAUUCAUCCACUAAAGCCUUGAUCCAACUUCGAAAGGCCAGCGCUUCGAUGAACGUCUCGCCACUUAACUUUCUGGGUACCAGUCAACAACCUGUCGGCUCAAUUCUGGGAACUGAGAACAACACCCCAGAAGGUACGCCAGUGAGAGGAACCGGUCGUGGUCGUGGACGUGGCGGCGCUGCUCGAGGAGUAAGUGUUUACCUAAAGUAGGCAUUGUGGACAAAAAUAACAUUCUUUUAUGUAGGGUCGUGCUACAUCAGCUACAAAGAGAGCCCCGGUCAAGCGGAAGUCUACCACGCAAGACACCGAGGACGGGGACGAUAUGAUGGGUGGCGGCAAUACAGGAUCUUCUGCAGUCAUGUCAACAACUGCUACGAAGACUCCUGCCAGAAAGCGAGGUCCGUCUAAGAAGGUCAAGAACGAACCAGCUUUCGACCCUGUUGAUAUCCCAGGUGAUGGAUCAGCAUAUACCAAUUUCCCAGUUCUUGCUGCCAACCCGCAUAGAAUGGCUGACGACCCAGAUCUCGACGCGGAGGGAGAGACCGACGAGGAAUGGUUCGCCCUUCUGCGUCGCAAUUCUUUCUUUCCAAACUAAGGGUGGAUUCAUAUGGUAGGAUCACAUUUCAAUGUUUUGAGUUGCCAUCUCGUGUUGCUGUGGGAUUAUGAAUGCGUUGUUUUCUUUUGCUCUUUGUUUACAUAUGAUGCGAGAGUUUUCUGAAGAACGAUUAAUGAUUCGUGGCAUAAAUGGUUGACGAAAGGUGGCAAUGAUGACUCUAGCGAGGAUUUCAGACACGGAAGUGCGAUGAGUCAUAUGGAGGUUUGCUGUAGAUGGCUCUGAGUUGCGUGCAAACAGGCAGACAGACAUACAGAUAGGUAGAUGCACAUUUGUGAAUAGAAAGGCC